GCAAGCGCGCAAGAGAGAGAGAGAGAGAGACUCCUAUGCAUUGCUCUUUCUUUGACAGCGCUGUAUGUUUAGAAGAAAAUAAUUUUUUUUCCAAAAAAUAGGAAAAAGGAAAAAGGGAGAGAUAUUUUUUGUCCAAAUUCGAAAAAGAUUCUUGAAGCAUUUUGUUUCAGAAUUUACCAUCAGGUUUCGAUCAAUUUCCCUGUAUAUUUGGCUCUUGAAUUCAGUUUCGGUUUUUGAAGCAUUCUUCAGCUGAAAUUACACGUAAAAUUUCCAUAAUUCAGAUAAAAGUGGCGUUAAUUCUGGUAUUAAAUAGCAUUUGAGAGAAUUUUAUCUGGAAAAAGGAAAAUUCAAGAGUCUUUCAAAUACAGCAACUGCGAAUCGGAGGCCUAAGUUCAAAUCCAGACUUUAAUUUGCUUCGGGAAGUAAUGCACCUCCGAUCUUAGGCGAGUUCUGACAUCUCUUAAAGUAUUCUGCUUUUCCUCGACAAACGGAUCUGACAACAAGAAGCAUUUACAAGAAAAAAAAAAUCCAUCUAGCUUUCAAAAUCUGGAAUUCAGUUCCAGCUCCUGAAUCUAGGCAGUUUCGCAACGUAGUCCAGACAUAUUGAUCACCGGAAUUGUUCAAAUCCAUUUUCUAUAUUCCAAACAAGAAGGAAAAUAAAAGAAAAAUUAUUGAGUUUAUCAAAAUUAUCUCAGCCGCACAUGGAGCUUCCUCAACAACAGCGCCUCUUUGAAACCGAAGGAAGGAAACCAGCACACGACUUUCUCUCACUUUGCAGUCAUUCAAUUGUCCAACAAGAUCCAAAGCCACAUUCUCAAGGUUACCUCAAGACUCAGGAUUUUCUACGACCAUUGGAACGGAUAGGGAAGGUCACUGCUAAGGAAGAAACCACAGUUGAUAUUUCAUUGCUUGAAAAGCCAUUGCCUCCAGCACCGCCACCCUCUGUGGGGCAUAUCCUCCCUGGUGGGAUUGGGACUUUCAGUAUUAGCCAUGUUUCUAAUUGUUUUAACCAAAGAAUCUCAAAGCCAGAAAGUAGCGCAAUAUUUACUGUAGCUCGAGCAAGUAGUACAGAAAAAAAUGAGGAGGAUUCCAAUUGCAGUUCUUAUACCGGGAGUGGAUUCACCCCGUGGGAAGAAUCUGCAUUGAAGAAGGGAAAGACAAGGAAGGAGAAAGAGGAAGAAAGAUCCAACACCGUAAGAGAGACGGCAGCGAAGGCGAAGGCGGGGCAUUGGACGUCAUCAGACAGGCCAUCACCGUCGUCAACAAACACCCAUCGGAAUAGUUUCAGCUCUCUUUCGUCCUCUAAGUCUGUCUAUGUUUCCUUCACUUUUUGUUUUCUCUUCAUGCACUCCCGUCCUAGUUUUUCAAUUAAACAGCUGAUGAUCACGGAUGUAUGGCUAAUUAACAGGCCAUCAGGGAAGAAGGGACAGAGCUUCCUAGAAAUGAUAAAAUCAGCCAAAGAUAGUGCCGAUGAUGAUAAUUUAGAUGACGAGGAGAAGUUCGUCCUUAAGAAAGAAACCCCUUCACCUAUCCAUAAAGGGGAAUUAAGGGUAAAAGUGGAUGAAAAGAGCACCGACCAUAAAACUAACACGCCACGAUCGAAACAUUCCGCCACUGAGCAACGGAGGAGGAGCAAAAUAAAUGACAGAUUUCAGAAGUUGAGAGAACUCAUACCUCAUGGCGACCAAAAGAGAGACAAAGCAUCCUUCCUUUUAGAGGUUAUCGAGUACAUUCAGUUUCUACAGGAGAAAGUACAAAAGUAUGAAGGGUCAUACCAAGGAUGGAACGAUGAACCUGCAAAAUUGGUGCCGUGGAGAAAUGGUAACAGGCCUUCAGAAAGUUGUGUCGAUCAACCUCGGGGAAUGAAUAGUGGUGCUGGUCCUGCGUUACUGUUCGCUGCAAAGUUCGACGAGAAAAACAUCAAUAUUGUUCCAACCAUUCCAGGAAAUACACGGAACCCAGUAGAGUCCGAUAUGAACUCGACUUCUGCCUUUGAACUGCUGGAUCAACAUCCUGGAAUAACAAAUAAAGCAAUGUCUUUUCCUAUGCCACUGCAGCCAAACUUCUUCAAUUCUAGUAGAACUGGUGGUGCAGUGGCUCAAGUUCCACCUAGGCUGAUAUCAGAUGCGGAGAACAGGACAAGUCAAUCUCAACCGCAAAACCAGACACAUCAUACCAGAUCAUUUACCAAUAAUGGAGCUGUUGCCAUUGAUAAGCUGAAAGAAAAGGAGCUGAGCAUUGAAGGGGGUACAAUUAACAUCUCAAGUGCAUACUCUCAAGGGUUGCUAAAUACUCUGACACAGGCACUGCAGAGUUGUGGAGUAGAUUUGUCACAGGCCAGCAUCUCAGUGCAAAUUGAGCUGGGAAAGCGACCAAAUAAAAGACCAAUUACUCCAACAUCUAUCUUUAAGGAUAAUGAAAUUCCCUCUAACAACCAAGGCACAAUAUGGCCAAGAGUCUCAAGCGGAGAGGAAUCCCAUCAAGCCCUAAAGAAGCUCAAGACACGUAAAAGUUAGUACAAAUGUGUCAUAAUAUUCUCUUUUUUCUUUUAACUUAAUUUUUUUCAUUAUUUUUUUUCAUACCCUGUGUCGUCAUGGGAGUUUGUUCAUGACUUCUCCUGGUUUAUAAACUACCCAGUUGAGACCGAGACGAAGUGUACAUGUAGCUGUUUUCUGUUUUUUGAGAGCACAGGAUUCCUAACAAA